AUGUUUCAAGAAGCUGAAGAAGGUAAACCAAAACGAUGGGGAUGUCUUGUAGCUGUUAUCAUAAUUGUGAGUUGUUUUUGGAAGCUGAACUUUGAGAUAGAGAAAGAAGAUAAAAUCAUAUUUAGGUAACAGCAAUAAAUUUGAGUAUAAUUAUAACAAUUCGAGCGCUACUGGAUUCUGAAGAUGAUAUCAAUAUGCCAAUCAUUCAAGGUGAGCGUUCAAUAAAUUUUGUGAAUAACUUUCAGAAACAUAUCUUGAAUUUUGAUUUUUUCAAAGUUUACAUUCAUUUCUUGAAUUAAAAUCCCUAAAAUUCCAGGAACCCUUCGCGAAGAUCUGACAUAUUUUCUGGGCAUCUUCACAAUGACAUUUUUCUUCGGCUGCUAUUGUUGUUUUUGCUGCGCGUGCACUUGUUGUAAAUGGUGUUUUUAUCAAUUUCCCGAAAGUAUUAGCAAAUUAUGGACAGCCAUUCCAAACUUGUUUGUCAAUAAUUUGGAUCAUUUGCCAAUUCAUCGCUUUCGAGAAACUGGUGGGGACUAAUCUUAUAAAUUAGAAUUAAUAAUUGACAAAAAACACAAAUUUAGAUGACAAUGCAAAUAAAAAUGAUUGCGUGGCUGAAGCUCGUGGGGUUCUAAGCAAUAAACUUCAGGAAAAACGAUCUGAUCGUUGCGCAUAUGAAAAUUCUGGAUAUCUAGAUGUCAUGGAGGUUUGUACAAAACACAUGAGAUCAAUAAGCCUGAUUCAAUUUCAGAUGGAUAAUAUUCAAACUCCUCGAUUAAUUCUUCCACCAGCUCCAAAUGGUCGAAUGCGUUCUUAUAGUAUUGAUAUCUCAUUAGCAGCUCCAGAAAAUUCAUGA